ACUACUUUCGAGCAGACAACAAACAAAAAAGUUUUAGUCAUAUUUUUUGUGAAACUAGUUUUUCGCUUUAAUUGCGAAUAAAUUUAUAAUUAAAUAAUUGUUUUUUUAUCGACAAAAAUUUCAGAGUACAAGUUAUAUAUAUAAUGUCCUUAUAUAAGUAACGUGUGACAAUUUAUUUCACGUAAAUUUUUAUAUUUUUAGUUUCGGUCCUGCUGAUCCGUUAAUUAAUAUAACCUUUAAGCUAAUAUAAAAUGUUAUAUAAAUUUAAGCUAUCUUCUUGUUUAGGUUGAAAUAAAUUGUUGAUGUCUGUUUUAUAAACUUCUUUUGAGAAUGACUUCUUUAAGAUCUGCAUUGAAUUGGUAUCAUAAGAAAAUUGGUGCUUAUGAUAAAGAAUUGUGGGAAAAAUCUGUUGAUAGACGUAUAUUGAGGGGUGUGUGUGCGAUACCACGGAAAAGCACUAGGAUAAAAACAGAGCUUAUAGAUGUUGAUCUUGUGCGUGGUUCUGCAUUUGCUAAGGCAAAGCCUCAACAUAGUUGGAUUUCGGCUACAAUUGCUGGAGUGAAGCGUGUUCUUUUGAUGCCAUUUUUUUUCUCAUGGUGGAAGGUCCAAACAAAUUCUCUAGUCAGUGGUGUACUUGUCUUUUUAUAUAUUUUACAAAUUGGUGCUCUUUUACUUUAUUUCUUUGCAUCUGAUAAAGAUUUUUUAGAAGUUCCUAUUCUUGAAAUAUUAACACCUGCAGCUAUGAUGUCUAUUCUUGGAAUUGUUUUGUCCCAAAUUGUUGCAACGUUUACUAGUAAAAAAAGACGCAAGCAUCUUGCUCGAGAUAAAAGAAGGCGAAUUAAAAGUAAACAACCUAAGAAACAAGUUAGCUGUGAUUUAGAAUCUAAGUCAUCUGCAGAAUCAGCAUCAGAUUGCGGAGAAGAUAAAUUUGAUGGAACUCUAUUCAAAAACAUCCCUGCCUCAAACAGUCACAAAAAACUACUAAGAUGCAACUGCUUGAAGACUUUAAAAGAAGGUCGCAGUCUAAGGUUUUCCCUUGCUGAUCAGAACAAAACAGAAAGUACUAAUGAAGAAAGUGAAAUUAAAGAUUCAGAUUCUGCACUUGUCCUUGAAGAAUCCAGCUCACUGCUUUUAACAAAUAAGAGCAAAAAGUUGCGCAACCUGAGUGAAGAAAGCCAGUUUAGUCACAUAUCUAACGAUUCUGCCUUCCAAGAUGGUGUAGAUCACCCACCUAAUGAAGAAGUAAAAACUGUCAAUGAGCUUUCAACUGAGGCAUCAAAAGUUCAGACGGGUGAUUUAGAUGUUAGAACACAUCAUAUCAAUGGUGAUGGUAAUUUAAGCUCUAGUGACGACUUUUUUGUGACCAGAAAAUCCUCAUCGUUGCCUGGUCAUCUAAAAAAUUAUAAAUUGGAGGAACAAACCAAGUGCUCAACCUCCAAAUUAGAUUCUGGUUCAUAUAAUAUUGCUAACAGGCGCUAUUCUGAUGAAGGGAUUGUGCAGAGAAAACAGGAAAACUAUGGUACAUUCUUAUCCCUUCAGAAUCACAGAUUAUCUGCAGAUAAUAUAUUGACUCAGCGCAGUGGCGUUCUUAAACAGUCUUCUGAUGUGCCGCUGCAGAAUAAUCAGAAUGCAGCUACAAAAUGCAACUGUAAUUUUGGAUCCAUUAUUCGAAAGAAAAGGCCAAAAUUACCCGGCUCACUGAAAUUGUCCAUGAAUAUUCCGAGUUAUUCAAGUUCUUGCGAAUCUGAAGCAGAUACUACUUCCCCAAAUACACCAUCUCAACCUCAGCAAUCUGAUUUAGAUUGGCCACUGAUCACUAACACAGACUGUAACAGCGACAGCACAGAUUCUUCUUCCAAUUGUUCCGGCGGAAAUAGUUCAGACAUUUCACCUUCAGAAAACCCUUUUGCAUGGGAAAUUCAUGAGCCCUCAAAAAAAGUGCCAAGUGUGGGAUAUAUUGGAUUAGAUAAAGGUUACCGCCCAAGAGCAGGUGACUGUUCGAUUUGCUCUGAUAUAAAAUUGAGCUGCACCAUUUGGCAACUCAAUGAAUGCAAGAAAGUUGAUUUGACUGCCCUGGAUAUCAGCUCUGCAAUUAUACACAAAGUGGACUCUUCCAAGCACCACUCAGAGUAUUUAUACAUUGGUGUGCUUUGUGCGACACUUUUAUCAUUGCUUCCUCUACUUUUUCGUCUGCGGAAUGGACUGUCUGUGUGUGAUGUACCGACUGUUGCCACUGAUAUCUUGACUUUGAAUGUUCCAACAACUGAAGAGGUUGUCAAAAUUACCGAUAGCUUCCUGGAUAUAGUAUUAGGACCAAACUUAAAGGUAAAACUUGUGGUAAUGAUUAUUAUGCUUGAAAGAUUUGUACUUAGUCUAGGAUGUUUCUUCUUAUUAUCAGUUGCUGAAAAAACCUUCACCCAGCGCUUUCUGUAUGCCAAACACUUUUGUUAUCUUACCUCUUCAAGGAGAGCUAAAAGAUCUGAUUUGCCUCAUUUUCGUUUGAAUAAAGUUAAGAAUAUUAAGAUAUGGUUAUCAAUAAGGUCUUAUUUAAAGAAAUUAGGACCUCAACGUUCAGUUGAUGUGAUUGUGUCCAUCACAUUUAUUAUUGAAGUGUGCAUAGUAUCAUUCCUUUGCAUACAGUUCUUAAAGGAAGAAGGGCAAUUCACAGAUCAGUUGUACUGCUGGGAGCUUUCGUUUUGGACAAUGACACUUGGUCUUUAUCUGCUGCGUUUUAUGGUUAUAGGAACUAAAAUCAAUAAAAAAUACAGGAAUUUAUCUGUACUUAUCACUGAACAGAUAAAUCUUUACUUGCAUAUGGAACAAAAGCCUCAUAAAAAAGAAGAGUUAAUAUUGGCUAACAAUGUUUUGAAGUUGGCUGCAGAUUUAUUAAAGGAACUCGAGAGUCCAUUCAAAAUAUCUGGAUUGUGUGCAAAUUCAUAUCUUUACAACAUUACCAAAGUUAUAGUGCUAUCAGCAUUUUCAGCCAUGCUAACUGAUGUGCUAGGGUUUAAAUUAAAGCUGUACAAGAUCAAGAUAAAAUGAUGAUUGUAGAAGUUAGCUUAAAUUUCAAGUACUGAAGCCUGGAAUAUUUGUAACCUAGAAUGUUCUUUAGAAUAUUGCAACUUAUCUCACUGGAUUUCUCACGAAUUUUAUGAUGUAUUUUUAAAUGAAAUCACCUCAUUCAGUUUUUGCUCAAGGAACAUUAGUCGACGAAUUAUGUUAUAUACUUUUAUUUAUUUAUUUUUAUACUUUAUUUAUUUAUUGAAUAUGGACUUAUCUACUUAUUUAGUUAAAAUAUCAGAAUGUUGGUAGUGUUUUUCCACAGAUUUGUUUGCCAAAAAAAAAGAAGAAAAAGUCUAUUUUCUCUAUAAGUCUUUUGUUUCCUAAUGUCAAAUUUAUAUUAAAAGUAACGUUUUAAAAUACGUUGUACAAUUAGAAUCAAAAACUUUAUCUGGGAUAGUUUUCUGUCCAAAAAGUGUAUUGUUUCUAAUUCUAUUAAAAUAAAACAAAAUCUAUUAAAAAUUGAAAUUUAAAAAUAGUGAAUGAUGAAAAAAUCUGCCUUUUAAUUCAUUGAAUUAUUUCCUUUUCUAAGUAUUAAUCUCUAAUCAAAAAUGAUAUAGCAAAAUCUUUGAGUCUCAAGUUAUCUUGGGGCAUGCAAAAGUCUGACCAGAAUAUUUUUGUGACAUUUUUCAGCUUUUGCUGUUUAAAUGAGGGAAAAAAAUAAUUUUUAUUUUUUGUUAUAACCAACUUCAAAUAAUAUCAAAUUAUUACUUAUUUAUUAUGAAGAUACAUAACCAUAAAUACUAAAAUAAUCUACGAUACUUUUUGGUUCAAAAGUACGAGGCUAGAUUAUGAUUUAACUUUAAUAAAUUUUUUUUUAAUAAAUCGAAUCGAAAAUUCAAUAUUAAAAUUUUAAAAGGAUCUACUGUUAAUAGUUUGUAGCCUUGAUUUUUGCAGCAAAAACACAGAACGACAAUUACCUGGCAUAGUCUCAAUAUAAUGUUAAUGAUGCACAUUUCUAGUUUUAGUUGCAAACAUGGAAAUGAAAGGUUUUUAUUUGACUAUUGAUCCUAUUUAAUGUGACAUUAUAUUGUUUCCCAUAAAUAUAUAUAUAUAUGGGAUUAAGGUCGGUAAAUUGCCUUGAACACUGUAAAGCAUCAAUAUUGUUACAUUAGUUUUAAAUGUCCAAGUUAAGCAAAAAAUACUAAAUUGACUGGUCACUUUUGAGCACAAAAAUAAUGUAGCUUAUUUUAGUUUCAAUGAUUACAAUUGUUAAUGCUCAUAAAACUAAUUUGAUAUUAUUUAAAUUUGUUAACAUUAAUAGAUUAAAAGAAAAUUAUAUGUUUUUCACUCAUUUAAACAGUCAAAAGCCAAAAAAAAAAAAAUUGUAAAACUGAAGCUUUUGAAUGCCACUGUAGUUUAUAAGUUAUACAAACUUUGAUAAGUUAGCUUUAACAUGUUUCUCAUAAAUAAAAGGAAUGCAAGUUUUCUUGUUCUUACACAAUAUAAAAUAAUUUUAUUAGAAUUAUUAUUCAUAUUUUACAAUAUUUAUAGCCCAAAAAAGUAUCUUAAUAUAAGAUAUUGUAUAAAAAGCAAUUUUCAAAUUUAAAAUUUUUAAAAAAAGGUUAACAAAAUUUCAACUAUCACUGAAUUGAUGUUCAAAAAAUGGUGUACUUUAAAAUAUAUUUAAUUAAAGAAAGAAAAAUUUGACAUAUCAAGGUUCUUUUUGAGUUUCAUAUUUUUCUGUGGCAAAACUUUGUAAGUUGUAUAAAAUUUGGAAGCUAAUUUUAAGACAUUUCUCAUGGAUUAUGUCAAUGCAGAGUUUCCUGCAUUGGCAUUACUUUCAGUCUUUAACUAUAGAAAACAACAGCCUUAAUGGUGUUUUCUAAAGUUAAAUCGUAGGAAAGAAUCCUACAUUGAUAUUUUCUGAAUAAUUGGCUUAGAGAAAGCAUUUGAAUAUUGCAUCAUUUGUUACCCAAAUGUUUAUUCUAAUAUUUUAAAUACAAAAAGUUUAAUAUUCAAUAAUAAUUUGUAAUAUAAUGCUUAAAAAAUAUUCAAAAAUGUGUCAUUUACAAAAUUAUAGCACUCUGUUAGUUUAGAGAGCAUGUUGUAGUUUAGAACUAGAAAACAAAGGUUUUGAAGAAGAAAAUGAUUAACUACUUUCAUAUGACUGCAGCUUUAUUUUUGUGAUAUUUUAAUGAUCUACUUAACUUAAAAGUUAUGAAGCUUUUCAUAAUUAAAUGCUCAAAAAUUUUAAGAAUACAAGUAUGUUGUGAAAGCAAUAUGAGAUAAUUAUUUUUUUCUUGUGUGUUCAAAUCAAAUCUUUAUUAUUGGUUUUAUAUUAUCAAUUUAUUUAUUUUUUUGAGAUGUUAAUACUUAUGAAAAAGAGUAUUUUUCAUAUAAACUUUAUAUUUAUUAGUUCUAUUGUUAAAUUUUUUAUAUUUAUUAAUUUUAUUUUUUACUAAUUUUUUACCCUAACAUAUAUUUUGUUUUCAUCUGUGAAAGGGUGAGUUUCUUUCUAUUAACCUUUUUUUUUGUUGUUUGUUAUAAAUAAAUUUUUUUUCUGCUCAAGUGUUAAAAAUAUUAAAUCCCAUGUCUAGUAUAUAUUUUUAAAUUCUUAAAAAUUAUUCAGGAUCUUAUUAAAAUUCUAUGAAUUAUAAUAAUUUUUUUUUAGAUUACUUUUUAAAUUUUAUUUGAUGACUAUUUAAAUCCGAAGAAACCAUUGGAGAAUAACAUUAACUUCUUAAAAGUUAAUUCUUUAAAAAGAAAAAAAUGUAAGAGUAUAUAAUUGUCAGUUUGUAGUUGUGUUUGAUAUUCAUUAUCCAUAUAACGCAACUUCGCACCAAUAAAUUAGUCUGUUUAUUUUGAUUUUGUCAUAAAUUGCUUGAAAAAUUUGUAUUUUUGCAAUAUUCUUCCAAAGUUUUUUCUUAUUGAGUGUUAUCAAGUAAGAGCUAGAAAAAAAGAAACAAAAAGAAUAGGGUACAGCUGAUAGUUUUUGUGUUUGAUUUUCUUUUACCAUUAUCAAACAACUUCGCAAUAUCAGAAUAAAAACUUUGUAGCGUGUUAUGCUUCGCAAUCUCUUUUUUAUUUUAUUGUUAUUUUUUUUAUUUUUGAAAGAAAAAUUGGUAUUAACAAAACACACAAAAAAAAAGCUAAUCAGGCAUCAAAAUUGCUAAAAAUGUUAUUUUUGCUCUGUUUACCAUGAAUUCAUUUAUUUAUUUUUUAAGAAAAGCUUACAUAUGAUGUUGCUAGUAGUUAGGGGGGCAUCAUUCAAAAAUUUCUUUUAUAAACAUAAUUUUGUUUAGAGCUUAUAAUGAAAGCUAAAAAAACAAAAAGUACAAGAAAUAUUUUUAUGAUAAUCUAAAAGAACACUUUUAAACUCAUUUCAUUUCUUAAAAAGUUAAAUGAAAUGGUGUUAAAUUGCUCCUUUUGCGGUAAUUUAAAUAUUUUUUAAAAUCUAAACAGGUGAAAUUUAAAAUAAUCAGGUAGAAUUUUUUAUAUUAAUUACUAUUAAAUUUCUCAUCACUUUUUAUUAGAAAGAAUUGGAUGGUUAUUGAUAACAGCUUUACAAGCUUACCCCUUAUAAGUACUGUUUUUGUGUUUGUAGCUUUUAAAAUAUUUGAAGCAGCUUUAAUUUAUAUCUUUUUAAAUUAAUUUUACGAUUAUUUUAAUUUUUUGAAUUUUCAUUUUAUGAAUGAUUUGUAUUGGAGCUUUGUUGUUUGUAGUAUAUUUGUAAAGGUUUUGUCUAAAUACAAUUUUUAGAAAUAGUAAUUUACAAAAGCGUUGAGGCCUUGGCAAUAUUUUUAGAGACAAAAAGAAACAAUUUUAAGAUAUUUGUAAAAUUCAGAGAAAAUGAGAUUUUUUAAAAAAUAAUUAUGUUUUUGAAUGUUCGACUUCUAUUUAAAGCAAUUUCUCAUUUUUAGAAUUUACCAUUAAUUUGAAAGGAAAAAUAACUAUUCAAGUGCAAUAAUAAAAUUUAAAUUGCACAGUGUUAGGACCACCAGUUGUUUCAAUUCAAUCAGUUGUAGCUAAUUUGAGGGCUUUACAAAAACUACAAUUUUUAACUGUUGGAGUAAAUCUCGCUAUACAUGAGUUAGUUUUUAACAUUUCAGUUUUACACACAUGCCCUAUAUUUAAUGGUGUAACCCGUAAUUGAUAAGGAUUGAAUUAAAAAAGUUUUCCUAAAAAACUAUAAAAUUUUUCUUUUUUUAAUUUCUUUUCACGUGAUAUAAACAAUUGUAUCAGGCAUUUUUAUGUCGAUAAAACUUUUGUUUAAGUUGCUAAACAUUUUUAAAACGUGAAAUGCUUAGAUAAAUAAUAUUUCAUUGUAAUAAGUCAUUAUAAUCAAUCUUAUAGUUCUCUAUAUUGAUUAAUUCCUAAGUAUAAAACUAAUAAAUACUUGACUUUCUUUCAUUUUAUAUUUCAUUUCACAUUAUAUAUGAUAAAAAAUUCAUAUAUACCAAGAAAAAUUUGUGAUAAAAAUUAAUUAAUCUCAUUUAAAAAGAUUAAAAGAAAAAAGAACCCUCAGUUGUAUGAGAAAAAAUUGUUUUUGAUGCGUUAUUUUACAUUAUGCAAUCUUUUAUUAGGUAAUAAUUUUUUAUUCUACAAUUAUGUAUCAUUAUCAUGUUUUCGUUGAAUUAAAAAAUUUCUUAUUACUAUAUUUUAUUUCUCAGCAUAUUGUUUUAUCAUUUCAUAUUGUGUUUAAAAAGUUCUCAAAAACAACAAAUGAUUUAAAAGAUCAAUUGAAGCAUGGAGAAAUAUUUGGUGUACAGUAUUCUGCUUAAAAAAUUAGGCGAUUAAUUCUUUCUAUGACCAAUGGUUUAAAAAAUCAAUUGAAGGACAGAGAAAUAUGUGGUUUAAUUCAAUUGUUCAAACGCUUGCAAACACAGAUGGCUCUGCUAUCUAAAAAUCUCUGAAACAUAUUUUUAUUAAA